AUGCAUGGGGUGCGCAACGUUGUUUAUUUGAUUGUCGGUACUCCGUGCUUGGUUUUUCCAGGACCCUCAACCACAGUAGGAAAGAAGGCCAGUCUCGACAAGGAAUCCAGCCAAUCAAAAGUAAAAUUCAAGGUUUUCCGUGGGGUCCGGAUUGCUGCAAAAGCUGCAUGCUCGGGUAGAGCUCCCGGACAUCCCACGAGCACUCGGCUUCUGACUCGGCCUGACGCCAUAUGUGGAAGCUCCGGUAAUCGACAGAUCGUCAAACCCGACGGGGUUAAGCUGACACCAGUACCGCAGAGUUUCUCCUCGUGCUGCGAACACUCAGCAACCGGACGAGAAACGAAGAAAGAGCCUCUCGGAAACUCUUCGAGCAGAACGAAUCUCCAAUACAUGACCAGGUUCGACUAUCAUCUGAGGCCGUCGGAACUGGAUAUGGAUCCGAUCACGGGAAGAAAGACCUCUAGCUCAUCCUUCAAUGGCUCUGCUGUAAAUUCGAUCGAAAUAUACUCGGCGGAGAAGGCUGCCGUAGCUACACCACAGCCAUCCCCAUCCAUGGUCCCAGAAGGUGGCAAGAGUGCGGCCACUUACGAUCUUGAGCAUCAUAAGCCACCAGUAACACCUGCCGUCGACUUUCCCGAUGGCGGAAUUCUGGCCUGGGUGCAGGUUCUCGCAGGAUUCUUUCUGAUGUUCUCCAGUUGGGGACUGGUCACUUCGUUCGGAGUUUUUCAGACAUACUAUAUUCAACCUCCAGCACUUGCAACGCAAUCGAAAAUCUCCGGGAUUGGUUCAGUUCAAACAUGUCUACUGCUCUUCUGCGGAGCGUUCAGCGGGCGUUUGAUGGAUGCCGGUUACGCCCGCCUGAUGAGCUCCGUUGGGUCCGUAAUGAUUUUCAUUGGUCUUUUUAUGGCCUCCUUUUCAGGACACGGCACUUUCGAGAAUACUGAUAAGACACACUUGGAAUACUGGCAGCUUUUGCUGAGCCAGGGAUUCUGUCAAGGGUUGGGCAUGGGAUUGACAUUCCUUCCAAGUGUCGGCAUUCCAGCGACCUACUUUGUCAAGAGAAGGGCUUUGGCGACGGGCGUCGUGGCAUGUGGUGCGAGCAUUGGUGGUAUCAUAUAUCCCAUUGUCUUUAAUGAGCUACUCGAACGCGUCGGCUUUCGUUGGGCGUGUCGUGCUGUAGCUUUGCUGGCUUUGGUUACGCUGGCUGUUGCAUGCGCUAUGAUGAAGCAACGGACGGAUCUUCCCAGCAAGGCUAAGGGCCCAUUGCUUGAAUUCCGAGCUAUGCGUGAGCCGACCUACUUUGCUUUGGUGAUGGGUAUGGUGCUCAGUUUUUGCGGUGUAUACAUACCAUACUAUUACAUCCAGUCGAGGGCCACUGAGAGCAAUGUCGAUCUACAUGGCAUGCAAUCGUACUACUUGGUUAUCUUGCUGAACGCUGGCGGCUUCUUUGGUCGACUCCUCCCAGGCAUCAUAGCGGACAAGAGAGGCCCACUGUUUAUACACGCCACGGUUGUUGUGGUCGCUGGUGUUCUGCUCUUCGUUUGGCCCUUCGUACUUAACCUACCUGGCUUGGUUAUUUUUGCACUGUUGUAUGGAUUCUUCUCGGGAGGAUUCACGUCCCUUCCAGCUGCAUCGGUAGCCUAUGCCACCCAAGAUAUGUCAGGAUUCGGAGCUCGAAUGGGAUUUGCAGUGACGAUGAACGGUUUCGGGGCCCUUGCAGGCAAGUUUCCCAACUUCGAACGCUGCUUUGCAAUUUGUGCUUCCGCAUGUCCACCGAUCGCGGGUGCCAUAAUUGAGGCUGGAGAGGGCUAUGUGGGAGCUGCGGUCUUUGCUGGACUAACGGUUAUCCUCGGUGGAGUUCUACUCGUAAUCGCUGGCAGUAGAUGCCCAGGGGCCUGGGAGAAGUUUUCUGGAGGAAUCCUGACUUUCACCUCUCGGAAUAGUCCCGAGUAA